UUUACCAUCGCAGUGUGCUCGCCAUUCAGUCCGGCUCAGGUCCCAAUACAACAACCAAUCAAGCCCAUGGAUGCAGAAGACGCUACCUGACCAGGAUGAAAUACUGGUUCUCCCAAGAGACCAAAUAUUGGAGGUGGGCAGCACAGCCACAUUCUGCUGCAUGGUGCCAGAUGGGGAAAGUAUUAAAACAAUGUUUCUACACAACUACAAAGGCACUAAUGUAACGACUACAAAGAUCAGUGAACAUGUGCACUCCCUGACUGUUCACCUGGACCAAGAAUCAGAAAACUAUAGUGAUGUAAUAUGUGAAACAACCAAAGGAAACAUCAACGGAGCCAGUUUUCACGCCAGCUAUCCUCCUGAUGACAGUGAUCUUAAGUGUGAAACCCGGGAUCUGGAAUCAAUCGAUUGUUUUUGGAAUGUAGGAAGGGCAGCAAACGAACAUCCUGCAAUGGAAAGAACAUAUCAGCUCCAAGGAAGCUCAUGCAUCAAUGGACGUUCAGGUAAAUGCUCGCAAAAAGUGAAGGUGGAUGCAGCUGAGAGGAACUGGACCUUAACAGCAACUAAUCGGCUGGGAAAGCUCGAGAUCCAUGACAACGCGGACCUGACCAAAAGAGUGCACAUGGUUGCUCCAGACAAAGUGGCAGCUUCAACUGUGAACCCCAGAAACAUCAGUCUGAAAUGGAGCUGGACUGUGCAGAAGUACAGUAAUCUCAACAUCACAUGCCAAGUACAUGUCAGUGAUGGAAACUCUAAUACCAAAACUGAAAACUUUGGAGUUGACCUCACAGCUGCAGUCAUCAAGGACUUGAUACCACACUGGAACUAUGUUGUGAGGGUCCGAUGUGGAACAUCACAGCAUUUCUGGAAAUGGGGUGACUGGAGCAAAAGUGUCAAAAUCUGCACGAAGGGUGAUGUCGCUCUUGGAGCUACCAGCCUGAUUGAAAAGAACCUGAACAUCAGUUCGUACACCUUCAUGGUAAACGCACAAACAGCAGUUUCAUCCAACACCGUUACCUUGAAUCCAUCGACUUACUUGACAGUGCUGACCUUGAUAGCCCUGGGAGCAGUUUUUAUUAUUCUGUCCAUCUGCACAAUCCUCUGCUACAGACACCGGGUGUGGUAAGCAGUGCACAUUUGCCUCUUUUGUCUCCAAAUCUUUGUUUGGCAUUUAUUUUCAUGCAUUCUAUCACCCAACAGCAUCAAGCACAAAGAGAGCAUUCGGCUAAACAUGUCAGUUGUGGUCCGAUUUGGGAGGGAACCACAAACUACAGAAUCCAGCAUUGUUUAGGCAACGUCACGCACCGAUUAAAUAUUAAUUUUAGUGACCCCAUAUUGACAUAUCUGUAAGAGAAUCAGGAUAUCUGUCGGGGAACUGUUGUUUCUUUUGUUAGCUGAUAUUUCUUGUGUGUUUCAGGUCAGUUUAUGGACGCAACGAGGAGUGCAAUAAAUUACUUUCUGUCUGGCUGCUUAAUGCUACCUCUAUACUCCACACAACUGUACUACUCAGUUCUUUAUUAGUUUCCUUGUAUAUUGCAUUAUCAUGAGGUCAUUUUCUCUGUUUUUCAGAAUGAACAUGUGUUUGAUCAUCAUCACUUUGGUCAAAGUCACUACAGCGAGGUCAUGGAUGUUCCUGAACUGCAUGAUAAUUUCUGACCACUAGAGCCUGUUGGUAGCCAGGACCUGAUGUGUUGUACCUUCUCUCCAUCUUCCAAAGAUGACUACAAUAGGCUUCUGCAGAAACCCCGCCAUGCCCCACUUUACCCACAGAGGAGUAACCACACAGUCCCAUUUCCUGUGUGUCCACAUACAUUUUAUUACUACCAAGACAUCUGCAUAGCUGCUAGAUGUGUGAACACAUUUAAACUUUACACAGGAACUUUAGCCAUCAUUAACUACAACAGGGGUGGGCAACUCCAGGCCUCGAGCGCCGGUGUCCCUGCAGGUUUUAGAUGUGUCCUUGAACCAACACAGCUGAUUUAAAUGGCUAA